AUGUUCCAAACCCUGCAGCAGCUCAGGGACUCCUCUCUCCUCACUGACCUGACUCUGAGCACUGAGGAUGGGCAGCGUCACCACGCGCACUCCCCUGUCCUGGCUGCUGUCAGCUCCCUCGUACACCAGAGACUGCAGGAGAGGGAUGAGGAGAUGGAUAAGAGGAGGGAGAGGAGAGAUAUUGACAUGUAUAUAAAGACAGUGAUAUCCAUCAGUCUGGGUCCUGAAGUGGGGUGUGUGGGGCUGGCAGGGGUGCUUGAGUUUGCCUACACUGGGACCAUAGCAGCUCUGAACAGAGAAACACUGGCCCAGAUACAGACUGCAGCUACAACACUAGGGGUCCCCAGAGUUCUAGAACUCUGCAGUGAAGAGGAGGAGAAGAUGAAGAGGGGAGAGAAGAAGAGGGCAGAAGAAAAUAAGAGAUCUGCUGAAGAACAGAUGAAGGUCAGUCUUCAGUCCAUCAGACAGUUGUGGGCAGAGAGAGUGGGCUGUGAUGUGGAGCUGGAGGUUGGUGGGACAUCAUUUCAUGUCCACAGAGUGCUCCUGUCUGCCAGUAGUGACUACUUCCGGGGAAUGUUCACCAGCGGGAUGAAGGAAUCCCAGCAGCCCUGUGUGGCCCUUCCCUUCCUGGAGGCCUCUGAGCUGGAGGCCCUGAUUGACUGCUCUUACAGCGGGUCCCUCCCCCUCUGCUGGGGACGUGUCUUUGAGAUCACCUGCAUUGCCUUCCAGCUCCAGUUCCAGCCCGCCCUCUUGCUGUGCCUUGACUUCCUGGAACAGGAAAUGGACGCCCACUCCUGCCUGGACGUGGCAUCUUUCGCUGAGGCUUAUGGGAUAACGGAACUCCUCGAAGUGGCCAACGACUUUGUCCUGAGACACUUCCAAAAUGUGGCAGCCACCCCUAAAUUCCAAGACCUGCCAGUUAAGAAGCUUAGAAAAUACCUGAAAAGCAACUCCCUCUUUGUACCCUCAGAGCUUGUGGUCUUCAAGGCAGUAGUGGUCUGGAUCGAGGCCUGUCCCAGUCAAAGGCUUAAAUUCACCAAAGAGCUGGUGAAGAACAUCCACUUUCCCCUCAUGACCUUCACGGAGUUCAGUGAAGUUAAAACCGCAAAACUGUGGACUGAAUGCAACAUGAAACAUCUCUACAUGACUAUACUGGAGGACUUUCGCUCCUAUCACGUUACACCUUGGAGCCUGUGCAGGGUCUACCAGCCCAAGGACAGUCUAGUCUUGGCAUUGUGA